AUCUCUUCUGUUGAAUAUUUCUCCCCCAAAUAACAACCUAGAAUAUAUAUAUAUACAUAUAUAUACUGAAUUAAUCGAUAAUUAUGAUUGGUGAAGUUAAUUCAAACAGAUUCCUAUCAGUGUUCUACAGUGUUGGAAGUAAACCAUUGGAGAAGUGGCGUCAACAAGUUUCUAAUGGUCGAAUUGAUCGAAUCACUGAUGAAGAGAUCCAAUCAUAUGUAUUAGAAAUUUUAGGUCGAAAUAUAAGUACUACUUUGAUUACUUGUCCAAAUGUUACAAAUAAAAGUCUUGCAAUUAAAAUGCCAAUUUUAGUGAUAAUUUUAAAAAAUUUGAAUAAAUAUUUCAGUUUUGAAGUUCAAGUUCUUGAUGAUCAAAACUUAAAGCGACGAUUUCAUGCAAGUACUUGUCAAACAACAGCGGUUGUUAAACCAUUUGCUUGUAUGAUGCCAAUUAAACUUGAUGCCGGUUGGAAUCAAGUACAAUUUGAUUUAGCUGAUUUUACACGAAAAGCUUAUGGGACUACUUAUGUAGAGACAAUUAAACUUAGUAUUCAUGCAAAUUGUCGAUUACGUCGUGUUUACUUUUGUGAUCGUAUUUACACAGAAGAUGAAUUACCAAGAGAUUAUAAACUUUAUCUGCCACGUUAUCCAAACUCAUCUACAAGCAAUCGACAACAUCACCAUCAACACCAACAAGCAAAAUCAAUAUCAUGUGGAAGAACGUCAUCAAAUUGUUGAGAGAUGUUAUUUCUAUUGUUUUACUUUAUUCUUCUCUGUUUAUAAUAAUAAUAAUAUUCGUUCAACAUGAUUGGAUAUUUGUUUGAAAGUUCUCUUAUCAAAUUUUACAGUCAACUGGAAGAAUCCAUUGCACAAAUAUAUAUAUAUAUAUAUAUAUAUAUAUAUAUAUA